GCUAAAUCCUACGACGCGAGACGACGCGUCGCUUACCUUGUGCACACAUCCAUUGGCAUCGACUGCGUCGCUCUGAUCUCAUAGAUCCCCAUCAUGUCCGCGAAGAAGAAGGGCAACCCGCUGCCCCUCGGCGACACGCUCCGCGACCUCGCGCUCCUGCGCGCGUCCGACUGCGACCUCUCCUCUACCCUGCCCUCCUCAUCCGAUCCCGUGCCACCGGAGGCACCGCCUGCUGCUGGCGGUCUCAGCAGAGAGGCGAACGAGUCCGUCGAGCGGUCGUUCGAGUUCGUGAAGGAGACGAGGGCGGCUAUCCGGUUGCUCCAUCGCGGGGAGGUGGACAAGCAGGGCGGCAGGCUGGAGGAUGUCAGGAGCAGGCUGGAGGACGUCGAGAAGGGAUUGGAGGCCGAGGGAGUACGCUGAUGCGUGUGGUUAGUGUCCUCGCAACUGCGCUGUGCUUUGGGUGCAGAGCUCACUAGACGUAAUUCAGCCUUGUUACGGGACGUCUUCGAGUCCUGGCCUCGACCUCAGCGCUACCAAACGCGUCAUUGACCGUCACUC